AUGAUCAGGAGCUCAGCCAACAUUCGCUCGGAGAACGUAGCUAAUAAAAGGCACAAAAGUGAGCAAGAGGGUAAUGAGGAUGAGAAAACUUAUACACAGGGACCACUAGAUGAGAUCUUUGGGCAGCAUCCAGCCUUCCCUCUAUCUACCGAUGUAGAUAUCGAAGGAGAAGAUGUAAUGAAAUACUUGGCAGAAGUGCGGCAAGAGGCAGAAGCAGAUAGACACGUACACUUUGUGGAGAGAGAACGGAGUGUUAAGAAAGAGAGGGAACUUGCCAGUCAGCCUGAGAUAAAUGAACCCAGAGAUGACCCCUCAAGUGCUGCUGCACGUUUGGCAUGGAAAGAAGACUUAAUGAGAGCUUUUCUUCUACUCAAGGAAGAAGUAGAUACCCAUAAACAUAGAAUAGAGAUGGUUUCUUCACUGAAAACGUAUAACUUGCCUGAAACCGCAGCCUCAUGGAGGAAGUACAUAUUUGAAAAGAACACUGGGCCAAGCAUAGAGUUACUAUUUAAUUCCGUUGAUCAUGCAACCGCAAUCAAACUACUUAUCUACUGCACCCAGUGGCUCAGCACCAACACACCAGCUAACUUAUCCAAGUGGAUAUAUAUGUUAUUCCUCCGAUUAGAUAACUUGCUUGAUCAUAGCGAAUUUGCGAUAGUGAGAGGAUUAGCCAAGAAAGCUAUCAAAUUAAGAGAAAAGCCGGACUUGAGUAGUGUAUCCAGCUACACUAUCGAAAUGGUGAUAGUAAUUGUUGGAGAAUACUACAGGCAAAGGGAUUUACUAAUAGUUUUAGAGAAGUAG